AUGUGUGUAUAUAAACAUGAAUAUUUAUCAGUUUUUCUCUGAAAAGUUAAAGUCGGUGUGUGUGGGAUGGGGAAAAGAAGAGCACCAUGCUGUGACAAUAGCCAAGUGAAGAGAGGGCCAUGGAGUGAUGAAGAAAGUGAAAGACUCAGAGCUUUUAUUCUUAAAAAUGGUCAUCACAAUUGGAGAUCUCUCCCCAAACUCGCUGGAUUGAGGAGAUGCGGGAAGAGUUGCAGAUUAAGAUGGAUAAACUAUCUGAGACCAGGUCUCAAACGAGGCAAUUUCACCAAAGAGGAGGAAGAAACCAUUAUCCACCUUCACCAAGCUCAUGGAAACAAGUGGUCAAAGAUCGCAUCACACUUGCCGGGAAGAACAGACAACGAGAUCAAGAACGUGUGGAACACUCACCUCAAGAAACGAUUGAUAAAGAGCAACUCAUCAGCAUCAGAUGUUACCUUUCAAGCCUCUUCCAUCUCCUAUUCUUCCUCAUCUUCCUACUCAUCAGUCUCUAACGACGACGCUAUUAACAGCGAGAAGCGUAAUCAGGAGAAUGAUUUUGAGGAAAUCUUGGUGGAGCAUAUGGCAUGUGGAUUUGAGGUGAAUGCACCACAAUCACUAGAAUUUCUUUUUGAAGAUCACCAGAUUCCAUCUCCUCCUAUACCUAAACCAGAGUCGCUAGAAAUCCAUGGGCAAUCAUAUCACGAGUUAUGUAGCCGAUUGGUUGAACCAGAGUUAGAUGAUUACAAUGAGUGGCUCAACUAUCUGGAUAACCAAACUUUCUAGAACAUAAUGUCUUAUUUUUGC